UACUUUUUCGCGGAAAAUUUUUCAAUGGUGUAAGCUACUAAAGACGAAAGCAAAAAAAAUAAAUUAAAAAUGAAUCCCCAAAAUUUAGAUCGGUUGAAACAAGAACAGGAAAUAGCAUUAGAAGAAACAAAUGCAAAUAUUAAUCAGUGGGAGAAGUUUAGAACAGAUUACAAAGCAUUAAAAACUCGACUGAAGACAUUACCAGACAAAGUAACUCAUGAUGUUAUGGUUCCAUUUGGUCCUCUGGCUUUCAUGCCUGGAAAGUUAGUCCAUACCAAUGAAAUUCUUGUCCUUCUUGGUGAAAACUGGUUUGUUGAAAGAUCAGCAAAGCAAGCAUGUGGAAUUAUUGACAGAAGAGCCAAAUCAAUUCAUAAGCAGAUAGAAAACUUACAUAAACAGAAGGAUUUACUUCAACCAAGACUUGAUGCUGUCAAAGGACAAUUUUCAAAGGAAACAGAUACAUUUGAUAUAGUUGAGGAAUACAAUGAAGAAAAAGAACAAAAAUGGAAAGCACAACACAAGAAAAAUGUCAAGGAUUACAAAAAAAAUGUUAAAAAAAAGGCAGAUGAAUCAUCAGAAAUAGGCAAGACUAUGACAGAUAAAGAAUUAUGGGAUAGACUAGAUGAAUUAGAGAGAAUUGAAUCAGAGAAAAGAGAAAUGCACAAGGUUACAAGUGAUGAAAUACUACUACACAAAAGUUAUGAUAGUGAUGAUAGCAUUCUCAGUAUUGACACUGGAAGUGGAUCAGAUUCUGGAGAUGCUGACAUCGAUGACGCAGAGGCUCAGGAAUCAUCAUCAGAAAGUGCAGAAUCAGAUGACGAGGGAAGUGAACCUGGAUCUGUGACAAAAAUAAUCAAAUUUUCACAUACCGCAACAAAAAAGACUGCUUCUCGAGAAGAUAGUACAGAUGAUGAUGAUGACAUGGAGAUAAAUGAGACUGAUAUCAAAUCUCCAGCAGACAUAUACUCCCAGUUCUAUCCUACAUCAGGACCAAGGUCUAUUCUAAAGGAUGAUGGGGAGAAACAUCAGACAAAGAAAAGUGUCAGGUUGAUGCCCAAUGAUAGUAAAGAUGAAGUGCCUGUCCCUGCUCCUGUUGCAUUUUCAGAUUCUGUUGUUGAGCGGUCAACUCAAAUGAAAUCCUCCAGUGACAUUAAUGUAGGAAUCGUACAAGACAAACCAGUAAGAAUGUCAAGGUUUAAAGCUAGACAACAAGGUUUAGAUCAAACAUGAAAAUCAGAGCAUCAUAUUUUAAAUCAUCACUAUCAUAUAUUAAAAUUAAAAUAA